CUGAACCGGCGCAGCAGAAGGAGGAAGUCACCUGUGGAGGAUCAGCAGCAGCUGCAGAGGACAUGGCCAGAGACACGCACGGAAACCUCAAACCCGGGAGAAACGGCUAUCACAACAGGAAAGAGAAAAACGGCCCAGGGACCGGCACCAUCUCCAGACAGAGCAAGCAAGAGUCCUUUGAACAGCCGCCCAUGUAUGUGGCCGUCAUGACAUAUCUGGGUUUUGGUAUUGUCACUCUGUUUGGUUACCUGAGAGACUUCCUUCGAGCUGUGGGCCUGGAGAAGUGCCAUGUUGCGCAGGAAAGAGGGGAGCAGAAGGAUUUUGUUCCGCUUUAUCAAGACUUUGAAAACUUUUACACUCGAAACCUGUACAUGAGAGUACGAGAUAACUGGAACCGUCCGGUGUGCAGCCUACCAGGACCCGUCUUUGACCUCAUGGAAAGGGUAUCUGACGACUACAACUGGACAUUCAGGUUUACUGGGAGGACAGUACAUAAUGUCAUCAACAUGGGCUCCUACAAUUACCUUGGUUUUGCUGAGAACAACGCUGAUUUCCUGAAAACUGUAGCACAUAAAGUACAACAGUAUGGUGCUGGGGUUUGCAGCACAAGACAGGAAACUGGAAACCUGAUCAUACACGAGAAGCUGGAACAACUUGUGGCUGACUUCCUCGGAGUAGAGUCGUCCAUGACUUUCGGGAUGGGAUUCGCCACCAAUUCAAUGAACAUUCCAGCACUUGUUGGCAAGGGAUGUUUGAUACUAAGCGACGAGCUCAAUCACACAUCUCUAAUCUUGGGGGCUAGACUGUCCGGAGCAACUAUUCGAGUGUUCAAACACAACAACAUGCAGAGCUUAGAGAAGAUGCUAAAAGAGGCAGUUUGCUCAGGACAGCCUCGGACCCACAGGCCCUGGAGAAAGAUCCUCAUCAUGGUGGAAGGCAUCUAUAGCAUGGAGGGCUCAGUAGUUCGACUGGCUGACAUUAUCGCCCUGAAGAAGAAGUAUAAAGCGUACCUGUACCUGGAUGAAGCCCACAGUAUUGGAGCAGUGGGGCCGUCAGGGAGAGGUGUGACGGAGCUGUUUAAUGUGAACCCAGCUGACGUGGAUGUGAUGAUGGGGACUUUCACAAAGAGCUUUGGAGCUGCUGGAGGCUACAUCGCAGGAAAAAAGGAGCUGGUGGACUACCUGCGGAGUCACUCUCACGGUGCGGUAUAUGCCUCAGCCAUGUCCCCUGCGGUUACAGAGCAGAUCAUACGAGCCAUGAAGUGCAUCAUGGGAAAAGAUGGGAGCACAGAGGGCAUUAGACGCAUCCGCCAACUGGCAGAGAACACCAGGUACUUCAGAGCCAGGCUGAAGGAGAUGGGCUUCAUCAUUUACGGCAAUGAUGACUCACCUGUGGUUCCAGUCCUGCUCUACAUGCCAGGCAAAGUGGUAGCUUUCGCUCGGGAAAUGCUGGAGAGAAAAAUAGGCGUUGUGGUGGUCGGCUUCCCCGCCACGCCGAUAACGGAGGCAAGAGCACGCUUUUGUGUGUCCGCAGCACACACUCGAGCCAUGCUGAACCAGGUGCUGCACCAUAUGAACGAGGUGGGAGACCAUCUUUGUCUGAAGUUCUCACGGCAGAAAUAUUCUUCUCAACCCGAGCUUUGUGAAGAUGGACCUGGAGCUGGACCGCUGAUAUGACCUGUGUCGCCUUAACUUCACUGUGUCAGGAGGAACCGUUCAUGUCACAUCGGACUCAUUAACACACAUGUUUUAUAUUUUACAGCAGAGAAGGAACCACAACUGCUUUUUUUUAUGUUGUAACACAUUGUGAUUCAGCAGAAUGAUUGUUUGUGCGCCGUUUAAAAAAAAAAAAAAAAAAACAACUAAAUAGAAUUUUCUAUCUAUUUAUUUCUAAUUAUUUAUAGGAAAUUUAUUACAUAUCCAUGAAUCUUUGAAAUGCUAUGAUUUACACGUUGAGAAAAAUCCAAUAUUUCAGUUUUGGCUUAGAUGUGAAGCUCCUCUCCAGGUCACAUUAGCAAACAGUUUUAGGAAUCUCAACUCGAGAAGAAGGCUUGCCUUUUUAUGUCUAUAUUUAGACUGAAACUUAUUAUGGAAGCAUUUUUGUGUUUCUAAUAAAUUGAAAUAAAAAAAACACUUAUUUAAAAAUACAUGUUUGUGCUAAAGGAAGAGAAUUUGAUGACAGGAAUCCCUUUGGUGUGAGGAGCGGGAAAAGUACCCGGCAUUGGAGUUACUGUAAGAUUGAUAAGUUGGUGGGCCUGCUGAUAUCCAUCCAUCCUGUUUCUAUAUCUGCCUCAUCCUGUUCAUAGGCAGUGGGCCAGGGCCGAGCCCAGCUGUCAUCUGACGAGAGCUACACCCUUGACAUGUCACCAGUCCAUCACGGGGCAAAGAGGACUUUAUUAAAUAUAGUCUUACUUAAACUCUUUGUUCUUUAUUGUACCAGUAAAUGUAGAACUGGAAAUGCAUGUGAUGGGUAAUUAUUAGGCAUGUAUAAUAGAAUAUCCCUUGCACUGAAGUGUCCCUUUCCUUGACUGGCUGAGCCUUCACAGGGCCAGUUGGAGACAAACAACCACCGCACUUAUUUUCACUCCAGCAGUCAGUUUAGAGCCAUCAGUUCAUAUAGUGUACGACGUGUUUUAAACUGUGGGAGUAAGCUGGAGUGGCUGGAGAAAACCCACACGGCCUCAGGAAAAGCAAACACAAAAUCCACAUCCCUGAUUCAAACUCAGAACCUUGUUGCUGUGAGACGACUGUCCUGCUUUACAGAAGAGUUUGUCUUUCCUAGUGAACUGUUGUCAUAAAAAAAAAACCUCCAUAUCCACGGUAAAUGAUAGCUUUGCUGGGAAUAGUAGAUCAAGCAGUAAUCGCUUCUUUGGCGUGCUGUUAAAUCUCAACAAAUAAAAAAGGUGUUGGAGCUUGCUUUGUGGCAAGACUGCUCAUAUUCACCAAGUCUAAACAGCUUAAUUGAUGAUGUUUUAAAGACCUGCUGUUCUGUUUCACAUACAAACUGUGUUGCAGUCGUGAAGUAAAGUAUGUAGAGUAUGCAGCACCUGAGCCAACAGAAACCUAACCCAGCAAUUAGCACUGAACCCUAAAUUCUCAUAGCAUGGGGUAAUCAUUUGAUUAGCACAGGAAGGAUUACAGCUAGAUGAUAUGUGUGCUUUCACAAUGUGGCAGAUUGGUUCAAGUCGGCACUUGUUUUUCCUCGGGACAUUGGUAAUAUUUGUGCUCUCCUCUCCAUAAACAAACCAGCGUUAGCAUUUUUCAAGACUGGGAAACACAUACAGUUCUUGGGAAAGCAGAAAAAGGGACAAAUUAGAAACAUAAAUUGCAGCGACAGAAAUUAAUGAGAAGAAAAAAGUUUCUUGUUCCAUCAGUGAAUACCACACAUCUGGCUGCUUUAGCCAGAAACAAUAGGAAACGGCUUCUUUAAUCAUCUAAUCUGUGACAUCAUUCGAAUGCAAUAUUCCAGCAAGACCUGGAUGAGAAAGGUGGUCGGCGGUCGCGUAUGUUGCAUGGGCUGAACUAAUCCCUUUCCGAUGUCUGCUAUUAAUUUCUAUUUACUGUCACCUUUAGCAUGAAUGUGAACAUUGUUCAAUUCAUUUUUGGGUUUACGCGCAGGAAACAGAUGUGUGUGUACAGAGGAACUGAAAAGCUUGAUUUAAUUCUCGUGCACGAUGCAGUGCAGAGAUGGAGAGUUCAGAUACAAAGCUCAGAUGUGAGUCCUCGGAAAGGCAAAUUGUAACCUGCUGAGACUUAGCAGGAACAUUUUUGCAUGGUUGCACAGCAGGAAAUGGCUUGUUCUCGGAAUUUCAUAUUUGAGGAUGAAUUUUGAGAAUUAAACUGAGGUUAAAGGAAAUCUUAUACUUUUGUUUUAGUAAGCAUUCAGACUUAAUACUUGAGUCCCAGAAUGGCUGCUCAAACUGGUUUGAGUCCAUUGGUGGAGUUCAUAUAACCUUCAAGUUAGGAAAAAGGAAGCCAAAACUUUGUCUACCUGAGAUUUUUAUUUAUUUAAGUACAAAUUUGUUCUUAUGAUGGACUGACAUCCUGCCUUUUACUAAAAGAGAGGUGGUACAGACUCCAGCAGUGAUGUAGUGAGUGAUGGACGGACACAGCAGCUAUAAGCAGCAAAACUACAAGGGCAGUCAGCUGAUUUCAGUGUUCAGUGAAGAAAUAAUAAUAAAACAAAUGUAAUUGUCUCCUGCUAUAUUUAAGACAAUUGUUUCAAGCAUUUGAGCGGUGUUGUGAUCCCUUAGAGGUGUCAGUUUCAAAGAGGCCGCUGAGACAGUGUGACCACAAGUACACAUGACAGUCCCAGCAAGGUGGGAAGCAGCCUGCCAAGGUUCCUCCAGUCACACGACUGCCUUUAAGCUCCAGCAGAAGUGGCAAAUGGUUUGUGAUGGCAUUCAAAACAUCUGUGCAGCCAGACUUCUGGUGGCAAGGCUCCCGGAGACCUGCCUGCCUGCACCAGCCUCUUUUGAACUGCAGAUCCAAAUACGCCGCACUUAUUGGAAUGGCAUGUAGCAGCUAUUCUGAAGGGGGAUCCUCCGCUCGGCCUUUGAUGUCCACCACUGUGUCCAAAGCAGGCGGGCCGUUCUCGCUGCUCCCUGUUUUCCAUUUAGACGGAGAUUUUUCUAUUCUGGAAGGAGUGUUUUGAAGUGAAGCAGACAAAGCGCAGAUUUACAUGGUUUGGACAGCUGUGCUCUGCUUAAAUUAAGACAAGAUUACAGUAAGGCCACAUUGGGGAACCAACGGAAAGCAAGGCGGUGGUAGUGAACAUCUUUUAUGCAUUUUUUUCUAUUCAUUUAAUUAUUUUUUUACUUAAGAAUAACAAUGACCUACUGUGUAUUUGACCACUGUUUUUGGAAU